AUGCCGCACCAACAACAGCUUCCCUCGGAGAUGAAUCACGACCUGCCGAAGGAGCAUCACCGUCAUAGAACUGGCGGGUGGAUGCCAGCUGACCACCGUCUCCACAAGGCGUGGCUGCAGAAGCAGGUCGAUCAUGUCGACCAGAAUCCCCAGAAAUUACCUCCCGUUCUCGAGGAGUUCAAGACGAUGAUCGAAUCCAGCGCGCGCUUCCACAUGUACUUCACCGCCAUGUUCGAUGAGAUCCCGGCGAAGAGAAUUUACCGGACAGAUCCAACGAAUAACAAGCAGAUCAGAGAUUACCAGCACAUGCUUCAAGUGCUGGCUCACAUCUUGCGGACUGCUCCUCACUGGACCGAGUCAGCCCAGAAGGUAGGAAUGGUUGGCGUGCCGAUGAAUGCGAUCUUCGAUUACCCGAUGUCGACUCCCUCCGGCCAUGCGGCCUUCUUGGAUCCCGAAGUCAAUGCUAUGGUGAAGAAAGUCCUUAACGAGUGGGGCAAGUUCUUGCUGUCCCCAGAGUCAGCAAAGGUGCUUGGAAAAGAUAAACAUGGAUGGUUUGGCGAGACGGCAACUAAAGACAUCGAAAUCGUUGCCAACAAGGCAGGAAACACUGACUUGAAAUUUCAUGACAUGUUCGUUUGCGAUCCUACCAAAGAGUAUCAUGGAUUCAAGUCGUGGGAUGAUUUCUUCACCCGCGAGCUGAACGUCAAGGCCGGAUACCGACCAGUAGCAGCUCCCGACGACGACAGCAUCGUCGUCAACGCGUGCGAGUCCAAGCCCUUCUCCACCCAGCGCGACUGCCAGCUCCGGGACCGAUUCUGGAUCAAGGGCCAGCCGUACUCCGUCAGCGACAUGCUCGCGCACGACGACCUGGCGCAGCAGUUCGACGGCGCCACCGUCUACCAAGCAUUCCUCUCGGCGCUCUCCUACCACCGCUGGCACGCGCCCGUCAGCGGCACCAUCCGGAAGGCUUUCCGCGUCGACGGCACCUACUUCUCCGAGCCCCUCUGGGAAGGCCUCGGCGACCCGCACACGACCGAGAUCAACCAGGCCGGCAUCUCGUCCGCGCAGGGCUACAUCUCGGCGCUGGCCGCGCGCGCGAUCAUCUUCAUCGAGGCCGACAACCCCGACAUCGGACUGAUGGCCUUCGUCGGCAUCGGCAUGGACGAGGUCUCCACGUGCGACGUUACCGUCAAGGAGGGCCAGCGCGUCCGGAAGGGCGACCAGACGGGCAUGUUCCACUUCGGUGGCUCCUCGCACACCUUGCUCUUCCGGAAGGGGGUUGAUAUUGGUGGCUUCCCGGAGCCGGGUCGGGACCAUAACGUCCCCGUCCGCUCUGCGCUCGCAGUGGUCAAGUCUAGCAAGGCUGGCUCGUGA